AUAAGAGGAGGAUAAAAUAAAAAGUAAUUUUUUCUAAGUAAAGAAAUGGAUUUUUGAGGGGGUUUUAAAAGAGUUUGUGAAUGAUGCGUAUAUGAUACCUUUACCAAGCUUUUAAGCUUCUCCUAAGCCCUCAUUCCAUUCAAAUCAGGGACCCUUUUGAGAGUUUGGGUGUUUUAUAACAGGAACAAAGGAAAAGACAGAAAGUGCCAGCAUCACAUAGAAGAAAAACAUAAAGAGAGAGAGAGAGAGAGAGAGAGAGAGAGAGAGAGAGAGAGAGAUUGUUACUGUGAAUUGAAUCAAUAGAGGAUUCCAGGUUCUUGGCCUCAUCCACAUCUACUUUGCAGAAUUCCUCCUACUUUUUCUUUCUUUCUUUUUUCUCUCUAAUUUGCCAACCUUUCUCAUUAGUCUGCUCUUGUAAUCAUCACAAAACCAAGAUAAAAAGGCCCUAUCUUCAACACCCCAGCUGCUAGAAUUGAUGUUUCUGCUUCUUUUUCAAGCUUAAUUUAAGGCUUAAAUAUCACUUGGGUUGGAUUUGAUUUUCCUUGUUUUCUUGAGUUUUGAUUGCAUGGUGGGCUUUCACAGCAUGGGUAAAGAUGUUUUCUGAUUUUUACAGGGCAGGGAAUACUCAGAGAAGCAAUCCAACGGUAGAUAGUGAGUCUGUGGGGGGAAAUCAACCAUCAUCAUCAUCUGUUCACGAGAAUUUUCUUUUGCCACCUCUUGAAUGAUGCCUUUCUGAUAGAGAUAUCAGUGCCACCUGUUCAAAACAGACUACUGUUUUCAAUGCAUCUCACAGCUGGGCUUCUUUUCUCUACUAUUUAUCUUUCUUGGUUUUUAGAGUUUUGAAAGAGCAGCGAAGUGAAAGUGGUUGAUGAGAUUAUAGAGACUAGAUAUAAGAAGAUUGUUGGGAUUUUUUUUUUCAAUUGGGUUUUUGGGAAUUAGCUUCCAUUCAUGUUGCAUGCAACCAUGUCCAAUUCAACCUCAUUGUCUGAGGAAGCUAGUGUUUCUUCUGGUAUUAGAAUACAAGAUUUCAAUAGCUUGAAUUCCAUCUUCUCAGCCUUUUCUCCGCAGGAAGAACAGAAGAUCAAAAAGAAGAGAAGUCUGCCAGGAAACCCAGACCCUGAUUCAGAGGUAAUAGCCUUAUCUCCAAAAACUCUUAUGGCUACCAAUAGAUUUGUGUGUGAGAUCUGCAACAAGGGGUUUCAGAGAGAUCAGAACCUUCAGCUGCAUAGGAGAGGUCACAACCUCCCAUGGAAGCUAAGGCAGAGAAGCAGUAAAGAGAUAAGGAAGAGGGUCUAUGUCUGUCCAGAGCCUUCAUGUAUCCAUCACCAUCCAUCAAGGGCCCUUGGUGACCUCACAGGCAUUAAGAAGCAUUUCUGUAGAAAACAUGGGGAGAAGAAGUGGAAAUGCGAGAAGUGCUCAAAGAGAUAUGCUGUUCAAUCAGAUUGGAAAGCCCACUCAAAGACUUGCGGAACAAGGGAGUAUAGAUGUGACUGUGGUACCCUUUUCUCAAGGAAAGACAGCUUUGUAACCCACAGAGCCUUCUGUGAUGCUCUUGCUGAAGAAAGUGCAAGACUCUCCGGCACCACUCACUUAACAGACACGCCUCUUCUCCAAGUCCCGCAAACCACCAUAUCUCCCUGUCUCUUCCCAACUCAUACAACCCCACCCACAACACCACCUGCAAACACUCCCCUCUCAGUCUCAUGGUUCCCACCUCAAAACUCCAUCCCCACCGUUCCCAUCAUCAUCAAGCCAGAAACCCAUCUCCCCACAUUCCACAACACCACCCCACUUCCCCCUUUCUUCCAAGAAACAUCCCACAAGCAACCACAGCCGUUGGCCACAUCAUCAUCAUACCAUCGUAGCCAUCUGACCAACCCCACCUGUCAAAUGCUGUCAGCCUCUACUAAUUGCAUGCAGGGUGCAGCUGCAGACGUCCAAGGUCACAUGGACGCUGUGGGUCACAUGAUCCCGCCGGGAUACAUGGGCAUUGGGCCGGGGAAUCUCUCCACGUGGCAGAAAAGGGAUCAGAUGACGAGGGACUUUCUGGGGCUGGCAGGAGAGGCUGCUGCCGCUGCGGGCGUGAACGUCAGGGAUCUGUUGUCAUUCACGGGCGUCGAUUUCAACUAUGAUCGUGACCACACGCUCACAUGGGGUGACUGCUGAGGUGGGGUCUGUGUAUGGUGUGGCCCAUUUGGCCCUGGCUUCUAUGAGAAUUACAUGCAUGUCGACUGAUUGACCGUCCAGAUCAUUGAUUCUGUACACGUGUACAUGGCCACUACACGCAUGGCAUGCAUUUACUUCAAUCCGAAACGUCCAAAGUGCACCCCACUAUAGAUUCCUUAGAACCCAAAUGGGUGAUCCUGAUCCAUUGCUUGUGGACCUUCUAAUGGACGGAUCAAACGAAAAUCAGUAUUUAGAAGUUACAGCGAACAACGUGAAUUAAAGGUCGGGAAUAGAUUUUGAUGUUAUGCAAGAUCUAACUUGGGGCCCGUUAAUUUGACGGUUCAGAUUUAAGUAUAUGCAUGCCACAUGUACAAGGUUGAGUGCCUGUAUAUGACGACUCAUAUUCUGCCAGCGUAUCAAAUAACCCCUUGAGUAGAACGCUCUGUUGCAUCAAAUUUCUCGAAGAAUUACGAUAAUGCCAUUUGGCUGAGGUAGUCAAAUAGUCUGGUUUUCCUUUUGUCUUAGCAUGACCCGCACUCCUAAUAAGACACGGGUGGCAUUAUCGUAGUUUUUUCAGAAACUAGUGUCGGGAUAUUAAUAUUAAUGUUUCAUUGACAAAACCAUGCAAAGGGAUGUAGGAAACAAGAUAAGUUUUUAUGUUUAACUUUUAUUUUUAUUUUCAUCUUCU